AUGGCCGGUGUUAAAGCUUACGAACUAAGAACCAAGUCUAAGGAACAAUUGGAAAACCAAUUGUUGUCCUUGAAGAAGGAAUUGGCUGAAUUGCAGGUCCAAAAGUUGUCCAGACCAUCUUUGCCAAAGAUCCACACCGUUAGAAAGGACAUUGCCCGUGUCUUGACUAUCAUCAACGAACAACAAAGAGAAGCUGUCAGACAACUAUACAAGGGUAAGAAGUACCAACCAAAGGACAUGAGAGCUAAGAAGACCAGAGCUUUGAGAAGAGCUUUGACCAAGUUCGAAGCUACCAGAGUCACUGAGAAGCAAAAGAAGAAGCAAAUUGCUUUCCCACAAAGAAAGUACGCUAUCAAGGCUUAA